AUGCUCAACAGGACAUUCGCUGCAUUUUGGCUUUUCGGACUGGUCAAUAAUGUCCUCUACGUCGUCAUUCUUUCGGCAGCAGUGGAUCUCGUUGGACCAUUGACUCCGAAGGCCAUUGUGCUCAUGGCUGAUGUGCUUCCUUCAUUCUUGCUAAAGCUGGCCUCGCCCUUUUUCAUUCACACAAUCCCCUACCAUAUUCGCAUUUGCAUCCUUGUGCUUCUAAGUUUUGUGGGAAUGCUGAUGGUCUCGCUGUUUGAAAAUGUUGCAGUUGUACUCUUUGGUAUCAUUCUUGCAUCCAUGUCCUCCGGCCUGGGCGAAACCACAUUUCUUCAACUGACUCAUUACUAUACGCAAUCAUCCCUAACCGCAUGGUCUUCUGGAACAGGCGGAGCGGGGCUUGCAGGGGCCUUUGUUUACAUGUUCUUGACUACAUGGAUCGGAAUUAGUGUCAGAAAUGCGCUUUUGACGUUCUCAAUUGUUCCGUUCACAUUCAUUAUCUGCUAUUUCCGACUGCUUCCUUCCCCAAGCUUGAAGUUCUCUGAGCGAGUGGAGCAGCCAAUUCUCCUAGUGGAGUCAAAUUAUCAAAGCACCAUUAGAAGAAUCAAACCUCUGGUGGUGCCAUACAUGCUCCCUCUGUUCACGGUGUACGUGGCAGAGUACGUUAUCAAUCAGGGUGUCAGUCCAACACUACUUUUCCCAAUUGACGAAAUGCCAUUCCACAACUAUAGAGACGCGUACGUCACAUACGGAACACUAUACCAGCUCGGAGUUUUUGUUUCGAGGUCAUCAGGGCAGUUUGUGCGGAUCCAUAACCUCGCAAUGCCUGCAUUGCUCCAGACGACCAAUCUGGUGAUUUGCGUGUUGCAAUCCAUGUAUGUCAUUUUCCCGAACAUCUAUUGGCUGUUCUUUCUUAUCUUGUACGAGGGACUCCUGGGAGGGUCUGCGUAUGUGAACACAUUCAUGCUGGUAACAGAAACAGUACCUAUGACCGAGAGAGAAUUCGCAAUGGGAUGUGUGGGGAUCAGUGACAGCGCGGGAAUUGUCGUUGCUGCGUCCUUGGCCAUGAUGCUAGAGCCCCAUCUGUGUGCAUUCCAGGUCGCAACGGGUCGAGACUAUUGUCAACGUUGAUCGCUAAAUUAGCAUGCUUUUCAUGGACGGCUGCGUAUUCAAAUUGUUGCAUUUUUCUCUCACCUGCUGCAUAAGAUUUUCCACAAUUUUCUGGUUUGUGUCGUUGGUGUCUGCCCGGUUGAGGACUGAGAGACAGUGUAGCAGCUUUUCAUUGUUUUGCUGUUCUCGACCAGCAUUUUGUCCUCGAAGGUUUUCGUGCGAAGUGCGCGACAGUGACGCUGAGGAGCUGGUAGCAAAUGACAUCGUCCGGUCUUUUCUGCGCUCUUUUUCCGCGUCUGCCUGUCUCAUACUCUCAUAAAGUGGAAUGACGACGUUGUCGCGGAAGCUGACCAAAACAAUGUUUUCCACACUUGGCUUGCCUCUCCAGCCACCACCCAAAAUCUCCUCGAACGAGUCGUCCUCAAGCGGUAAAAAUACUCCUUGUAGGUAAAAAUGCAUGUCUUGGAAAAAGUAAUUCCAAAGCAACGCACAGGCGUCGCGGAAACUUGGCUCGCUCGUGACAAGAGACAGUGCAGAUCCUCUUGUGGGUGAAGUUUUCCGG